AUGGACCUGAAAAUAGCGCUUGGGAUCGCUCUGUUUGUCGUUUUCUUAACCUCGCGGAUAAAUGGCCAAGAAGCCAUCUUGCACGUUUCAAACGGAGACAUGUCUAGAGAGUACUGCAUCGUCUACAACCGCUCCUGGACUACGCUCGCACCAGCACUUGAUAAUGCGACGGCAUACCCGUUGGUCAAUUUGACCUCCACGUUGCUGUGUAAUGCCGCAGGGGUUGAUCCAGAGGCAGUGAAGGGCAAAGCGGUGGUGGUGAUGAUGGGGGAGUGUAACUUCAGCCAGAAAGCUCUGGUUGCCCAAAACCUCCACGUUUCAGUGUUGCUGAUCGCGAGCACAAAAUCACUGAUCACUCCAUCAGACAAUACAUCCGAGUACCCAAAGAUCAAGAUUCCUCUGGCUCUCAUGAGGUAUCGAGAUUUUCUGGAAGCAAAGCAGGUGUUUGGUGAGACAAUGACGGUGAAGCUGUUUGCACUGCCUUUUUCAAAAAUUGAUUCAAGCAUCGCUGUCAUCCUGCUGAUUUCUGUGGCAACGAUCACUUUAGGCGGUUUCUGGAGCGGAGCAUAUGAGAGAGAAAGACUGAAUAACAAUGUUUGUGGGGGAGGCAGUGAAACUAAAGCAAACGGCAGCGAACUUUCCCUGUACUCUCCUCUCAAAGUGAUUAUCUUUGUUGCCUUGAUGUGUGGAAUGUUGGUCCUGAUGUACUUCUUCUACAACAUUCUGGUUUACGUCAUUAUUGCUAUAUUCUGCCUCGCUUCUGCCUCUGCACUGUUCAGCUGCUUCAGUGCUGUGAUGGACAAACUCGGCUGUGGCACUUUAAACGUCUCCGUCAGAAACAGGGACAUCUCUGUGAGGUCUGUCCUGCUGGCUGCUGUGUGCAUUAGCAUCACUGUGGUCUGGGGAGUGUACAGAAAUGAAGACAGAUGGAUCUGGAUUUUGCAGGACCUCCUUGGCAUUGCUUUUUGCCUCAACUUCAUGAAGACCAUCUCUCUGUCUAAUUUUAAGAUCUGUGUGAUUCUGCUGAGCCUCCUCCUUGUCUAUGACGUCUUCUUUGUUUUCAUCACUCCUUUCUUCACCAAGAACGGUGUUAGCAUCAUGGUGCAGGUAGCUCUCGGACCAGAUGCAUCUGGAGAAAAGACGCAAGGUAACGUGGAAAUCCCUGCUGAACCACGGGCUCCAUCUGAGAAACUACCUGUGGUGAUGCGUGUCCCGCGGUUCUCGGCCUGGGCUCAGAACCUGUGUGGGAUGCAGUUCUCCAUUCUUGGUUAUGGAGAUAUCAUUGUACCAGGUCUCCUGGUGGCGUAUUGCAGCAGGUUUGAUGUUUGGGUCAACAGCAGGAAGAAGAUCUACUUCAUCAGCUGCUGCAUCGCCUAUUUUCUGGGAAUGAUACUGACGUUUGCCGUGAUGCUGCUGUCAGGGAUGGGCCAGCCAGCUCUGCUCUACUUAGUGCCUUUUACCUUGAUAACCUCUGCUGUGGUGGCUGGGUGCAGGGGAGAAAUGAAGCAGUUCUGGUCUGGAACCACCUAUGAGGUUUUGGAUUCACCCAGGGAACCUUUGCUGCCAGAGGGAAGAACUGACCGUUCCAUAGAUGGGGAGAAUUGCUGACUUACAGUUGAGCAUGGACUUAACUUCUGAUUUAUUUCCAUAUUAUUAUUUUUUAAGAGUUUUGUUUUACAUUUGCAAAGCAAGUUAACACAUUGUUGAUCAAACCUUUCUGACAGCGAGAACUCACUUUGAACAGAGGAGUGAUUAAAACAUUUAUAGUGCCUGAGAGGUCUUUUAGGUUCACUUUAAUGAACAGGAAUGACUUUUUUGCCUUG